UGCAGUCAAUGCAUCACUUUCCAGCUUACCUUCUAUAGAUCUCCGCCGACACCACACCGCAAAUCGCCAACACACACAAACAAUUAUUAAAAAUAAUAAUUAAAUUAAAUUGUCAGAGUAAAAAAAAAUUAAUUAAUAAAUAAAUAUUUGCGUCCAAGAUUCCAGUUCAUGCGAGGAAAACGAUGGCGUCGAUCGCACUCAAUUCCUCAGAAAGCAAAAAGAAAACCGUAUAUCUUUUCUCAAUUCUAAAUAAACGACAAUUUGUACCAUAGAUAAGACACACUCACGAUCCACACAUGUAUUUAUAUUGAACUGCCACUUUGUAGUCUGGACUCUGGUAUGGUUUCUACUCUUUUCCUUUUCUCAAUCCUGACUCCUGCUCUGGCUCUGUGUAUGUUCCCAGAGCUAUAGCUCCUGGAUCUCUCCUUCAGUCAAUUGGAUCUCUCUGUAAAUUCUUCUUUGAUUCUUACUUUAUUUUUGGUGCUUGAUCGAUAGAGAAUGGACGGCGGCGAUGGAACGGUGAGAUUGGGGGCUUUGAAUUUGAGGUCGGAUAGGGUCGGGUUUGAUUCCAGUCCCGAUGUAUCUGUUUCUUCUCCUGUGACGAGGCAGAAAGCCGCCGCCGCCAAACAGUUUAUAGAGAAUCACUACAAGAAUUAUCUUCAGGGAUUGCAGGAGCGCAAAGAGAGACGUCGAACGCUUCAGAGAAAAGCGCAGGAGUCUCAAAUAUCGACUGAGGAACAAGAACAGAUGUUGAGGAAUUUGGAGCGUAGAGAGACUGAAUAUAUGAGACUCCAACGCCGGAAAAUUGGAAUCGAUGACUUCGAGCAGUUGACUGUAAUUGGCAAAGGUGCAUUUGGGGAGGUGAGAUUGUGCCGUGCUAAAGAUACAGGGGAGAUUUUUGCCAUGAAGAAACUGAAGAAGUCAGAUAUGCUUAGCCGUGGCCAGGUUGAGCAUGUCCGGUCCGAGAGGAACUUGCUUGCUGAGGUUGAUAGUCGGUGCAUUGUUAAGCUUUUCUAUUCAUUUCAAGAUUCCGACUUCUUAUACCUUAUUAUGGAGUAUUUACCUGGUGGAGACAUUAUGACAUUAUUGAUGAGAGAAGAUGUUCUUUCCGAAGAUGUUGCUCGCUUUUAUAUGGCAGAGAGUGUUCUAGCCAUUCAUUCGAUUCAUCAACACAAUUAUAUUCAUAGGGACAUAAAGCCAGAUAACCUGAUACUGGACAGAAAUGGACAUUUGAAACUCUCAGAUUUUGGCUUGUGUAAACCUCUUGAUGAUAAGUAUUCAACUUUGCUAUUGGAAAAUGAGGACUUAACCAAUGGGGAAACCAAUUCUGAAAAUGAAGGACAAGCUGCCUGUGAUAGACCCCCUUGGAUGAUGCCCAAAGAACAACUACUGCAGUGGAAACGUAAUCGCCGGGCAUUGGCUUAUUCGACUGUUGGCACUCUCGACUAUAUGGCUCCUGAAGUGCUGCUAAAGAAGGGGUAUGGAAUCGAAUGUGAUUGGUGGUCACUUGGGGCAAUUAUGUACGAAAUGCUUAUUGGCUAUCCCCCCUUUUGCUCCGAUGAUCCAAGGAUCACAUGCCGCAAGAUCAUCAAUUGGAGAACAUGCCUGAAAUUCCCUGAUGAACCAAAAAUAUCCAAUGAGGCUAAAGAUUUGAUAUGUCACUUAUUAUGCAAUGUUGAAACAAGGCUGGGCAGCCGAGGAGUGGAAGAACUAAAGGCCCAUCCAUGGUUCAGAUGCAUUCAGUGGGACAAGCUAUACGAAAUGGAAGCUGCAUUUAAACCUACAGUGGUUGGUGACUUGGACACGCAGAAUUUCGAGAAGUUUCCUGAAGUAGAGGGUCAGCCAUCCUCAAUUCCAACAGUGGGACCAUGGCGAAAGAUGUUGACAUCCAAAGAUACCAAUUUCAUUGGAUAUACUUUCAAAAAAUCAGAUGUCCUGAAAUCCCUUGAAAAUUCAGGUACAGACAUGAGAUCAAAUGGGUCGAAAAAAUCUCCUUCUCUGAUAACCUUGUUAGGUCAGAUGAACUUGCAAGAAACAGAGAUAUCAGAGGGUGAACAAAAGCAGGAGACGUAAACUUUUAUGUUGGAAUAGGUAAUUCUAUUUUAUUUCUUUAUUUUAUUCUUGUUGCACAUAUUCAGACAGAAACGAAUAUAAAAGAUGAUCGACAAGAUUGCUGGCUGAAGACAUUAAUAAAAGAAGAGAGGUCAGUUGGCAAAAGGAGUUGACACAAGGGUCUCUUUGUUUUUAGACUAUAUUAUGUGAUCAAGUAUAAACGUAAUGUGAUAAAAAUAGGUUCAGGUUGAACCUUUAUUAUGUGUCUGACCCUAUCUCCAUAUAAUCUGCUCAAAGAACCAUCAUAAGUUUUUCUCUGUAUAUCCAACUAUGAACUCAGGACCAAAUUGUGCAGUUUUGUUGCCUAGAUUUUUCUCAUUUGGAAAAAGGAGUUGGAAAUUGCAGGUUUUUCGUUAAA